AUGCCAUGUGAUGAACCAACAAGCGAAGGCUAUACGCCUUUGCUUUUAGCUGCAAUGAAUGGAAAUACAAAUUGCGUUACCUUUCUUUCGAAGAUUACAAGAAAUAUUAAUUAUUUCUAUGAUCAAAACUCAGCGAUGAAUUAUGCUGCAAAAUGGAGAGAUGUUAAAAUGAUGGAAAGCCUUUUAGCCGCAGGUGCAAAUAUAAAUAAUCCUGAUAAGAACGGAUUAACUCCAUUAAACGAAGUUAGCUCUGAUUCAAUAAUUUGUGCUCAAUUUUUAUUAUCGAAAAAUGCCAAUCCAAACAUACCAGACAUUGAUGGAAGAACUCCAUUAAUGAAUUCAAUUAUUCACCAAAAAAUUCCAAUUUGUUCACUGUUGAUUUCAUUUAAUGCUGAUAUAAAUUUAUUAGAUUUUGAAGGAAAAUCAGCAUUAUAUUAUGCAAUCAACUUAGAAAAUAUAGAUAUUGUCAUGAUAUUACUUUCAAAAGGAGCGAAAUUGUAUAUUAAUACAGAUGAUUUACAUGAUUGUUUAGACUUUGCAAAACAGAAGAAUAAUCAAGAUAUAUUGAAUAUUAUAGAGGACUACUCGACAAAAAGAAUGUGA